AUCAAUUUCUUACGCAUUCAUGCAGUAAGGAGUAAUUAUACAAAAGAGUGCUUGAACAGCGUUUGUCUCUCGGCAGGAGUGAAAAUAUCGGAUUAAUGCUUCUGCUUGAUUUUGGUCGUUAACAGAGAAAACGUUACAGCCAGGGCAUCUGGGUGAGUCGUGCUUCUGAUAAAGCGGCCGUAAACAUUGGGAAGAUUCGAAGAGAGUAUCGAAAGUCAAAAUGCGGAAAAUUCUUAUUUAUGUAGUCGUUAAACUGAAUAUCACGUAGAUAACAAUCAGUAACUUUAGCUCAGGAGUCCACCGACGAAAGAGUGAGCGACAUUUAUCGCCAUAAAGCCAUGUUGACACGACAGCUCUCAAAUAGUCGGAAGAAAACUGACCCGACGGAACUUGGAAGAAGGAGGUCCGGCGACGGAGGUGAAAAAGACUCGGGAUCAAUUAUGCCUCAGAAUGGUUUAAGUUGGUGUGGAAGGGGUUUUGAUGAAGAAACAAUGGCUAGUACACCAAACAGUGGUCAAAGGUUCUUUGAAAGCGACAGGGCUGUUGAGAUGAUGACAUUUCCACCCAUGUCUCGGGUGAGCAAACAUGGAGAAUCAAAUAAUCGAUUAAUUUCCUCUUGUUCGUCUCAUCGCAGUAAUGCGGUGAAAAAUGGGGUAGAUGAAAAUACAGAACGUCUGUCGCAUUUUCCCGCACGCAGAGCAAGUUUCCAAGCUUCCAUUCAAGGUUUAUCUCUGUUGAAAAUGCCCGAUCUUGAGAUCACUCGUAAUAGAAGUUUUUCAGACAGUCAGGCAGAGGAUACAACGAGGAUGACAGACGAGCAAAGGAGUAAACUAGAACGUUUGAAGCUACAAAUAUUUGAAGAUAACACCAAGAGAAAGUGGGGCCGAAAGUUAAGUGGAAACAAAGCAACUGAUAGCACGCACACUGAUGUUACCGAGGAAACUAAACUUCCUGUUUUGAUCGGGGAGUCAAUGGAGCAUCACCUGAGAUGUCACGAGACACCAAUUAUGGUUCCGAAACCUUUAUCAAUGUUUGCUUCUCGCUCAGAUUUGGAACCAACCGACGGAGGAACAACAUUGCAAAAUCAAAAUUUCGGUAGGGAUGCUGUUUUUAAACUGGCCCGACAUGACAGCGCAUCCGACAAAUUUGACGCUCCGUUGGAUAUGGACCCAUUGACAUCUACGUAUUAUGAAAACCACCAAGUUUCUAAGCAGAACUCUAAUGGACAUGAUUUUGAACUCUCGCCUCCAUCGGUCGCUGAAGAAGGUGACUUCGAGUCCAUCACUGUUGUUAUGGGACGGUUACGAACGCGAUCUGAACCUGGCGACUUAGCGUCCCGAAAAGUAUCGAUGGUGCAUCAGCUUCAAACUCGUACCAGGUCGGAAAAUAACGAAUUAAAAACAAAAGUCCAGUCGUUUGUUAAGAAACCACUGCCAGCUUUACCACCCUCAACACUGCGCGUGAAGAAACAAAUUAUAAGCGAAGUCACUGGCCAUUCAAUUUCGGGAACACAUGCUAACACUACCUCGUUGCCCCGUGAAAGAAGAGAAGGCACAGUCAAUAUUCACACCUGUCCCAAUUUGAACAUGUUUUCUGAUCGUUCUUGGAUGUACCAGGAUGUUUCUCGCAAUAGGCAUAGAUACAUUAGAGGGCCAGCCACACCCGUCCCACCCGUGGAUUUCGUAUUUCGCAAGGACAAAUCUUGAACGCCGCAGUUCUUGUUAUUAUAUAUCAUGCGUGAAGAGGAUCUUGUUGUCUUUAGAUCAUCAUGUCAACAAUGACAUGCUACAAAAGAUCCCAAGCGAACAGAGUACUUAAAACUUUAAAUCUGAACUAAACUGAUUAUAGUGGAUAAAGGGGUAAAUUUCUUAAACUCUGUGGUUCUGCGUCGGUGGGAGAGUAUUAAGUUAAUAACGUAAAUUGGCCACCGUAAUAAGUUUAAAAGCUGACGUUUCGAGCGUUAGCCCUUCGUCACGACAACUUUUUAACUCUUUACGGCGGCCAAUUAACGUUAUCAACUCAGUCGAUAAUACUAAAUUACCCCAAUUUAUGGUGGGACGACUGUUCAAAGGAUAUCCUCGAAUUUCGGACAGAAACGUUAUUACACUAGAGAGAAAUGCUAAUAUUCUUUCAGGCACAGAGGUGAUAUUGAAUCCUCGGGUAACUGAACGUGAUUCUGGCGGCAGAUGUCACGAAAAACUCGGUGACACUCGGACGUAAGUGAUCACGGAAUUCCCCCGGGAGAUGCCACCACCCUUGGGCAGGGAGUUACAAGACCUUUCUUCGCACUUAUAUCUUUCACUUCAAGUUUGAAAUUUUGCGAACAUAUUCAUCAGGAGCCCUAUUAUAGCAAACAUCCAUUUUAAAGAGGUAAAGGUGUUCAGAAGCCAAUCCAAAAUAUUUAACUAUUUAUUCAGUGAGUAAUCAAUCUCUAGAUUUGGCUCAAAUAUCUAAUGUCUGUUCCGAUCGCUACUACAAGAUUACCUUGACAAGAUUACCUAUGCAUACACAGAAUACCCAUGUAAAACGACGAUACUGCUUGGGGAAACAACCUCAGGGGGUUGAUGAAAUACUUCAGAAUUCAACUGACCACGACAUAUAGUUUGCCUACAAGCGAACCAUUGCAGAUGAAACUGCAGCAUUGUCGUAAAUAAAUUUACGAGAAACAUUAUUGACAAUAUGCCUCCGAUGAAUGGGUUUUUAAAUGUGUAAUGCCCAUAAUAUCUUGAGACAUACUGAACAGGUACCUUUAGGGUCUAUGUGUACAUUCAAAAUUAUUGCGAUAAUACAGAAGAGACUUUAGUAUAAUUUUCUGGUUAAGAACGCAUAACUUUAGGGGUGCUCAGCAAUUGUAGGGGUGCGCUACAAUUCAAACAAUUCUCUCCUACAAA